AUGGCGGAACCGCUUACCACUACUUUUGACCCACCGUCGCAAUGUACGCAGGAUGUUUGGUGGGUGGACGACGGAGGCUUCGAGCUGCUCGGUGGGACAUUCAGCUCGUGCUAUCCACCAAACUUCACACCAACUUCAGUAUUCUAUUACUCUCCAGGACUAUACUGCCCGGAUGGCUACUCCACUGCAUGUACUUCGUCCGGAAACGCGGGCGAUGACACCAUCGUGACCUGCUGUCCUACAAGUUACACCUGCCAGACAGCCCCUGUGUGGGAGAUUGAAUCAACGCUAGGCUGUAGAUCCGCGGUGACUGGAUCGCAAACGCAUACGGUCAAGUCGACAUCCGGGACUAGAGUCAAUACAUGGGGGCCGGGAGCAGCCAUAAACGCGUACAGCGUUCAACUAAGGUUUCAGGCCUCUGACCUUGGCAUAACCACAUCUGCUCCUACAUCCGCCGCGGAUAGCACAACAUCCUCCCCUACUACCAUAUCUUCUUCGACCACUACAUCCUCCACCACAUCCUCAUCAACCGCCACCAGCGGUCCCUCUCAUGGUGGUCUAUCCACUGGGGCGAAAGCAGGAAUCAGCGUUGGGGUUGUGCUUGGCGUAGCCUUGACUGCAGCUAUUAUAUUUCUGGCGUUAACAAUCAGGAAGGGAGGAAGAAAUGAUCCGAGUAAUCAGCGUCCCUCUGGUGGCACCAACUUGCCGGAAUUAGUGAAGCAGCCCGCUCUAGGGUAUGGGAGCGCCGCUCCAGUGUACGGGAGUACCGCUCCGGUGUAUGGGAAUGCCGCUCCUCCAAAUCCGGGAAUGCAGGGAGCAGGACACCUGCCGCGGCACGAAUUGGGCCAACCUCACGACCAGUCGUGGGAGUUGCCUGCGCAUCGAUAA